GCCAACAGGCGCUCUAUUUAGAAGGUGCAAAAUGCCCAGACUGACCACUGCAGGUGGAUUGGCUCGCCGCCCCACGCGCCAGGUUGUGGGUUCUCCUUCGGAGCAUGCGCAGUGGGCCCGCAGCGCGGCCCGUCAGGCACUGCGGUAGGCGCCCUGGAGCCUGGCAGGACCCUGACCCCAAGAUGGCGGCGCCCAGCGAAGUGGCUGCGGCUGCCUCUGGAGAAGGCGAUGGCGUGAGUACCGCCUUUGGGUCCUGGCUGGAUGGACGGUUGGAGGCGCUGGGAGUGGACCGAGCCGUUUACGGCGCCUACAUCCUGGGUGUCCUGCAGGAGGAGGAGGAAGAAGAGAAGCUGGACGCUCUGCAGGGUAUCCUUUCUGCUUUCUUGGAAGAAGAUUCGCUUCUUAACAUCUGCAAGGAGAUUGUGGAACGAUGGUCGGAAAGUCAGAAUGUCGUCACCAAAGUGAAAAAAGAAGAUGAAGUACAGGCCAUUGCCACCCUAAUUGAGAAGCAAGCACAGAUUGUGGUGAAGCCCAGGAUGGUGUCCGAAGAGGAGAAGCAGAGAAAAGCCGCCCUUCUGGCCCAGUAUGCUGAUGUGACAGAUGAGGAAGACGAAGCAGAUGAGAAGGACGACUCCUGUGCCUCCACAGUGAACAUUGGUUCUGAUAAAUCUCUGUUCCGAAACACCAAUGUGGAAGAUGUCCUCAAUGCCCGAAAACUGGAGCGAGACUCACUUCGGGAUGAGUCCCAAAGAAAGAAGGAACAGGACAAGCUGCAGAGGGAGAGGGACAAACUAGCCAAGCAGGAGCGCAAGGAAAAGGAAAAGAAAAGGACACAAAGAGGAGAGCGGAAGCGAUAACCUUGGUCCACUCUAUUCUUUCUCCUCAUGAACUUGAUCAAAGGGAGAAGCAGUUGUGCACAUGUGUAUUUAAGAGAAAUGAGAGAACAUUGCAAAGUGGUUUCCCAAGGCAUUUCCCUUUUGUUUACAUGGUCAAAAGGAAAAUCACAAACACUUCUAAUUACAAAAUGUGCCAUGUAUCUGUGGUGUGGGUAAUCAGAUUAUUGUAGUUGAUGUCUGUACCAAAGAUCUGGAAUGGGGGCAACUUUUAUAUUUUAAUACUGAAGUCCUGGCUCCUUUUGGCCACUUUAAAAGUCUUCCCUCACCUACGAUAAAUAGCAGAAAUAUUCAGAAAGCUGACUGUUACGGUUUUCAUCCUGAAGGAGCAGAAUCAUGACCACUCCUUUUCUGAUAUGAAAUGUGGGAGCGUAAAGUACUUUGAGAGUAGUAUUUACCUCUUAAUGUAUUGUUUUAUGGAUGAAAUAGAAAGCUAAUGAAGAGCCCUACCUGGAUCCAGAUAUUAUGUUAACAUGGCAACAAACUAUGAAAACAGAAGAGAUGAUGUGGUAGAUGUUCUAGAUUUGAGAUAUUUUAAGUUUCAGCCUAUGGGAGGAAAAAAGUAUCUUUUUAUUUACGUAGAGAUAGUUACAUAUUUUUCUCAUCCAGGCUGUGAUAUUGAAGAAUGUGUAUUGGAUGAAAGGAUAUCAUUGUUAGCUAGAUUCAUUUUUUAUAAUCAUGAGCCCUCUUGGGUGUUAGUAGAGAUUUUAAUCCUGAUCUGCCCUAAAGCAUGAGUAUAAGGAUGUGUAAUUACAGGCUGAAAGAAACUGCAGGAACCAUGUGUCUAAGGAAGAAACACUGGAAAUCUCUGCUAAUACAAAGAUGUUUGAGAGUGUACAUUGUGGGUGCUCAACAAAUUUAUUUAAUGAAUGAGUGGAAAAACCUGGGAGAGUCACAGGUGAGCAGGAACUCUCCAUUUGUACUUUUGUCACAAGCCACAUUCAAUUGUAAAUAAAUCUUUUCUCUACUUCCGGCAGCAGACUGUCUAGAAGCCUGAAGGGAGCAAUCUCCCUGACAAGACAGGAAAUAGGUAUUUUAUACCUGAGGUUGGCAAACUACUGCAGGCAAGGAAAUUUGGCCCCGUUUGUUUUUGUAGGGUGCAAGUCAGCAAUAGGUUUUGUAUUUUUAAAGGCUUGUAAAAGAAGGAAUACGUGACAGACCCCUCUUGUGGCCUGUAAAACCCAAAAUAUUUACUGUCUGGCCCUUAAGAGAAAAAGUUUGCCAACCUGUUUUAUACCAUUAACUAAGAGGUUAACAAAUUUUUACCUUUGUGUAGAGGGUAAAAAGCUUGGUUAAGGAAAAGAUGUGUCACUUCUAUACACUCCUAUAAUCGUGGCAUUGCAUUUUAAAAAAGUAACCAUCUUUUAAAAAAAAUAAACUAUUUAAAUCAC